UGAAUCACUCACUAGAGCUGAAUGAAUCCCAUGGUGAAAUGCUGCCUGCUGCUCCUCUUCUUGGCGGGUCUCUUGCCCGAGGCACGCGCCACCUCGUGCCACCCCGACGACUUACACGCACUGCGGGGCUUCGCCGGGAACCUUAGCAGGGGGGCCGUUCUCCUUCGCGCUGCGUGGUCCGGCGCCAUGUGCUGCGGCUGGGAUGGCGUGGGUUGUGACGGCGCCAACGGCCGCGUCACGUCGUUGCGCCUCCCUGGGCGCGGCCUCGUGGGGCCCAUCCCAGGAGCCUCCCUCGCGGGGCUCGCGCGGCUGGAGGAACUCGACCUCGGCUACAACAGCUUGCACAACAUCUCAGGGGCGCUCACCAUGCUGCGUGGGUGCCAGAACCUCACCACGCUGAUUCUCACCAAGAAUUUCGGCGGCGAGGAGCUACCCGAUGAUGGCAUUAUUGCUGGGUUCAAGAGCCUCGUGGUGCUCGAUCUUGGUGAUUGUGCUCUCAAGGGCAGGGUUCCUGAAUGGUUGUCUCAAUGCAAGAAUAUGGAGGUGCUUGACUUGUCCCGCAACCAACUGGUCGGCACCAUCCCGUCGUGGAUUGGUAGGCUCGACCACCUUUGCUACUUGGAUCUCUCCAACAAUACAUUGGCUGGCGAGGUACCCAAGAGUUCUAAGGGCCUCAACACCUCUGGAUGUUCACCAGGUAUCAGUUUCACUAACAUGUCAUUGUAUCUGAAGCGUAGCGGAAGAAGCACACUUCACCGACAACUUAAGCAUGCGCCAAAUGUCAUAGCUGGGACCAACAACGUUGUCAGAUCUGGGAGCAACAAUGUUGUGGCCGGGAACGACAACACUAUCAUAAUUGGGAAUAACAACGCCGUAUCCGGGAGCUACCAGGUCGUAUAUGGUAAUAACCAUGUCGUAACUGGGGAUAACCAUGUCGUAUCUGGGAGCAACCAUGCCGCGUCAGGGAGCCACCAUGUCGUGAUUGGGAAGCACAAUAUUGUAUCCGGGACCCACAAUGACGUAGGUGGGAGCAAAAAUAUCGUAUCUGGGAGCAACAAUGUUGUAUCGGGGAGCCACAAUACCGUGUCCGGUAAGAACCAUUUCGUAACCGGGCACAACAAAGUCGUAACCUGAGGUUAAUGACUCAUAGCAUAAGUAUGCGCUGCAGCAUCCGUCCGUCCAUGUUGACAGAAGAUGUACUCAUAGCAUAAGUAUGUUGCCGACCACAUAUGGCCUCUAAUAUUUUAAAUAAUGAGACUCAUGUAUUCAGGGCAAAA